AUGUCAAAGAUGUUACGAAUGGCCACACUUCUUGGCCCUGCAGUACUGCUACUCCUACUUAUACUUGGUUCACAAAUCUCAAGUGCCCACGAGACUGAACGUAGACUAAGUCCAGAAUCUACAGAGAAACUAAAAGCAAUUGGUAGUUGGUCUGCCGCUGGUCUAGUCUCAUGUGAGAUGUGUGAGCUAGCUGCCGUCCUCUUUGAAGGUUUCCUCGAGAGGAAUGCCACCACAGAAGAGGUUAUCAAGACCACGACUGACGUGUGUAAUACACUAAAGAUCGAGCAACCUGAAGUCUGCCAUGGCCUCAUGUUUGCUUAUGCCCCUGUUGUAUAUGAUGUAUUGAUCGAGUCUGCAUUGGAACCAAGGAUGAUAUGCACAAAGUUGAAGAUGUGCAUGGCCAAGGAGAAUACUUAUGAACACUUUAAUCAACUGGAUCGUAUGGCAUCGUUUGGUUCCAACCUCCUGGACAAACCCAACUACAAAGACGUCAAGCCACAGGAGCCACGUCUAAAGGAGCCAUUCACUGGCGUUGGAUAUAUCUUGCAGUUGGCCGAUAUCCACACCGACCCAUACUACGUCGUCGGCUCCAACCCCGACUGUGGUCGUCCAGGCGCAUGCUGCCGUGAUGGCACCGGUGACGCCGGCUUCUACGGCGACUACCUGUGCGACAUUCCCCUCCACUCGGUCGGCUUGAUCUUUGAGCAGAUCCUCGAGGUGCACAAGACCUACCCCAUCUCGCUCGUCGUGUACACUGGUGAUAACCCACCCCACGACAUCUGGAACCAGUCCAUCCCGCGCCAGGUCGAGUCGACCGAGGUCGUCUCCAAGCUGAUCAACGACUACUUCCACGACUUUGUCGUGUUGCCCAGUGUUGGCAAUCACGAGAGCUGGCCCUCUGAGGAGUUCAUCCUGCCCAAGAACCAGUGGCUGCUGGACGCUCUCGAGACAUCCUGGUCGCCAUGGCUCGACAAGGCCGAGCUCGAGACCGUCAAGAAGGGCGGCUACUACACCAUGUUGGUGCAGAAGGGUCUGCGCGUGGUCUCGAUCAACUCGUACGACUCGGACCUGUUCAACUUGUACAACUUGCUCGAGCACUCCAACAUGAACAUCAAGCACAACCAGUCGGAUUGGUUGAUCAACGUGAUGGAGCAGGCCGAGGCCAACUCGGAGAAGGUCAUCAUCGUCGGCCACAUCCCUUGCACACUCAAGUCCAGCGUCAACGACCAUUGGUGCUCGCUGUACGCGUCGAUCGUCGAGCGCUUCUCGACCAUCAUCGCGGCGCAGUUCUACGGCCACACCCACAAGGACCAGCUGGUGGUCUUUACGGACGCGGCCACCAACUCCAAGGCCACGGGCAUGAACUACGUUUCGCCGUGCAUCACCACACUCCUCAAGCACAUGCCGUCGUUCCGUCUGUACGAGUACGACUUUACCACCAACGAGGUGCUCAACUACCAGCAGUACGUCACUGACAUUCGCGAGUGGAAUGCCAACGGCAACAUGACCUUCCGUCUGGCCUACACGGCCAAGGAGCUGUACAACCUGCCGGACCUCUCGCCACAGUCCUGGUACAACCUGGCGCAGGAGUUCAAGACCAACGCCACGUUGUUCAACAACUAUUAUCAAUUCCUGUACAACUCGCCCUAUGGUCCACCACAUGCAUGCGAUGACAACUGUCGCAAGACAUGGACUUGUGAGAUCUUUGGAGUCACUUCACAACUCUUUGACAAGUGUCUCGGUGUAUAA